UCGUUGCCGAAGACACGGGAGGGCUAUAUCGGUCACGUGGACGCCGACAUUCACGCCGAGGCCAUCGCCAGCACUAUUCCCGGUAUGUCUGCGGCCGAUAUCGAUACGCAAGCGCUGCCAAUACUGCGGACAAUCGGUGACCUGAAGUACAUGUUUAGCCGUAUUCUGAAGCGUUUGGUGGCCAACGGCGGCGGCGGUCCGGCGGGCGCUGCGGCCACAGCGGGCGCCGGUGUGUUCGCCGCUCUCGACGACCCGACGUUUAACCUGUACUUAGAGGACACUCUGGUCUCAGACAAACAGACUGUGCAACUGUUGCGCGAUUACGACUUCUUGGAGAUCCGGGACCACCGGUGGUCACCGGGCGGUCACCUAUACGUCCGCCAGAACGCUAUUGUGAGGCGAACUCUGGUGGCCCUCCCGGCCAACGCUAAACUCGAUACGGCGGCCGCCGAAGCCAUCAUUGAGGACGCCAUCUGCGGCCCCGAUUGUCCGCUCGCGAAGACGUCGUCCACGUCUCAGGCCUUUGAUUCGGUCUCUCCUUUGCCGGCGAACUAUAAGCAAUCGGAUGAGAGCCAACUGUUGAACGCCGAGAUCGAGUCAUUGAACCGCUCGUUGGCCUCCAUAUCGAAGGUCCCGAACGCCUCGCCGAAGACAUUGAGUGAAAUCUCAUCUAAAAUCAAAAAAAUAAACGAACAGUUGGACAGGAGUUUGAACGCAAAGACAUCGGCUGUUAACGCCUCGACAGUGGACACUACUGUCGGGACCGCUACCAAACCCGCACCGAGUGUUAUGCCGCGUCGGGACAAACAGACCAACACCGAGAGCCGACCGACGCCCACAACUGCCUCGCGCUAUGCCGACGCCCGGCGACGGACGACAUCUAAACCCAAACGAAUGUCCCGAUCGCACGACCCGUCGCCCCGCGUUAGGGGCCAAUGGAUGUGCUGUCUGUGCGACGAGAUGUUGACCAAUUGGAAGGCCGUGCGGACACACCUGAAGCCGUUGCGAUGCGCCGGCUUUGACGAUGUAUUGGCCGCUAUGGAUGAUCCCGAGGGAGACAUCGUUUUGAUGGCACAACGCGUCGAUUGA